AAGCAUUUCGCUACACCCGCAAUAACAUCUGCAAAACACAUGUAUGUGACCAAUCAAAUUUGAUUUGGUUUGAUACACACUUCUAUAAUACAAUUAUACCUGGUUGGUUGUUCUAUGGUGAGGUUUAUAUAUAAACCUAUAAUACAUUAGCAAUAAUUAAUUUGUUUUAGAAAUGUCAACAUGUGAGAAACUGCAAACAGGCACUCUGUAAUGUAAUUACAACACUCAAAACGACAUCCCACAUCCACAAAGUUGUUUUUGACGGUAAUGAAAAAACUAAGCAUGGGUGUUGUAGUUGAAUUUUUUAGUUUACACGCCUCCCUCUUCGAUUAAAUAACAACAUAUCCCACAAUGCGUUUCGAAACGACGUGCAUAACGUGGUCCGUCACGGGAUGCAACUUCUCUCCGGAGGCUUGUGUCUAGUUAACUGUACACUAGUUGUGGUCAGUUAUGUUUCUGGCAGGUACAGGCAACGGGUGCUGUGGGAUUGGCCAGAGGCCAGGCUCUAGUUCUGGGUCCUGCAAUCCGCGAAAGUUUAGCGAGAAGAUAGCACUUCUCACCCAGCGACAAGCUGAGGACACCGCAGCCUUCCAGGAGGUUAUGAUGGACAUCACUUCCACCAGGAUUCAGGUCCAGAGAGUGCGGCAGGCAAGAAGCCUGGGCACCUAUUAUGGAGGCUCCCUUCCCAAUGUCAACCAGCUUGGGAGAAGCACUUCAGGUGUACAGGGUCAACUCCCAUGUAGUCCAGACAAUGGCUGCCCUACAAGACUUCACCCAAUGGCAGAGAGGGCACAAGGAGAGGGGCGGCUCAAUUUCCCGGUCAGGCCAAACAGGAGAAAUACUGACAACUCCCCCUACUGCUCAGUUCACCUGUCUCCACCACUUGAACCCAGCUGGAGAAGGAACUUGUCUAGCAGCUCUCCAGUGGACAAAAGCCACCUGAUGCACCAUCCCUUCACAGCACUUAAUAGAACUAACUCAGACUCGGCCCUGCACACCAGUAUGAGGAACACCCACACAGGGGACCAGCAGGCUUUAACCUCACGGAACAGGCACAGGGUUUUUCCAUAUCCAGUGCCUCCAAUUGAGGAGAAUGUCCUAGAAGAGGGAAAAUCAUUAAGGAAUACCAAAAAGCUUCCUGCACUUCCCACUGGAAUCAAAUCGCGUAAAGUCCCUGGUAUAAACAUCCUGUCCUCACCAGAUCAGCAGUUCAGUGCUCUCAAUGUCCCUUCCCCUCUCAAUGCGAGUGGCUCCUUGCCCAACCUCUCCAGCCUGCACCUCCCCUCCCCCCAGCCAGUAGGCGUGGACUCACACAAACCCACUGCCUGCAGCACUGACCACCUACCUGGAACUCCCUCUCACCUUGGAGCCAGGGAUGAUGAAUUUCCUUUGCCAGGUUUGUCGUUGUCUCUCCAAGGCUCGUACAGUAACCCAUUGCUCCAAUCCUUCCACAGCAACCCCAAUAUCCAAUCCUCUCUCCGCAGCCACUCCCUUUCCAGCUCUCUAAACUCCACCUCCUUGAACUUGUCACUCAGCAACUCUUCCCUGCAGUCAUCCCCUAGCAACCAAUCCCUCCAGUCCUUCCUCAGCAGCUCUUCCCUAAGCGGCCUAUCCCUGCAAUGUGCAACUAGCCACUGUAGCUACAGCAGUGGGAUUGGCGGAUCUCGCACUUGCUCCUCCUCGUCCCUAUCCUGCUCCCCACGUCCAACUAGCCAGACGCAGGUGCCUUCGUCAAGAAGGCAGACUCCCCUCAGCCCACUGGUCGUUCCCACUGGUGGAGAGUCUCGCUGGCUCCAAUCUAAACAGUUUUCACCUGUUGGGUCUCCAAAGUUAUCUUCUAUAACUCAGGUAUCUCAAACAAACUGGAAUGGAGUUCUCCUGAACACCAACCAAUUACCACAGGAGUCAAGGCCACCAGGGUAUCAUCACUGCCAACCUCAACACGAGGGACCUCCAGCAGCUCAGCAGCCCAUGCAUGGAGGUCUGCCACAGCAGCAGCAUUCUCUGACAGAGGGGCAGCAGCAACCCAGCCAGGAACUGAAAAAAACACCACUACACCAAGAGAAAUCCAGGCAUCAACAACAAGGUGCACAUCAGCAGCAGCAACAACAACAAGACCAACAACACCCACAGCAACAGCUCCCACAGACACACAAUCUCCAACAACUGCAAUAUCACCAUCGACAACCGUACCAACACCCAAAUCAACUAUAUCAAUGCCAGAUCCAGCAUGUCCAAACAGAAGGUCAGAACCUGGACAUAAAACCGCAACAUCAAAGAGGGUCAAACCAGUGUGAGAAUCCACAGCAACAACACCUACAUCAAUCACAAGAGGAACAACAUCAAAGACAACAACAGCAAAAACAACAGAAACAAGUGUACCAAAACCUUCCACAGCAACAGCAAGAGAAGCAAAGGCAACAACACCAGCAACACCCACACCAGCAACAGUAUCAACAACAAGCGUACCAAAGACAACCUCAGCAAAACCAAGCACUUCGACAAGAUGAGAUGCAACAUCAGCUCCAGCAGGUUCAACCCUACCACCAGCAGCAGCAUGAGCAACAUCAGUGGCAUCCCAAGUGUGCGUACCCGCCAGCUCAGAGCCUUGACUUGAAUGGACAGAACAUGUCAAACCCACGAAAAGUACCAACGAUGCAGAUGACUCGUAAGCAUCAGACCCAAGCCCAGGGAAGGAGCUGGGCUCAUCAGAAGGUGCAAGGUCAGAAGGACCAGAUUGAGUCGACCAAAAUCUCCUCACAGAUGAACUCCUUAAUGGACAACAAUCCGGGCCUCUACAAUGACUCUUCCAUACGGAACCAUUUACAGCAUGAGUCCUACAUGGGCCUACACCUCACACCCAGCCAGACUCAGGCACUCUCCCAGCAGCUGGAACAGCUCAGUAAGGAGCCUCUCUGGGGAGAUUCUGGGCCUCAGUCUGUGGAGGUGAAAGAUGGAGGGGUUUACUGUGGGAACCAGGGUCCUCACAUAUCCCUCCACUGCCAGAACCAAACCAGUGUGGACUGUCAUAACAACCUUAUGAUGGACAAAGCAUCUUAUGAUGAUUUCUCUGGUGUUCUGCCCAUGCUGGGAUUUGAUGCAGACACCUUCACCCUGCAUAACCCCCUUCAGAUCGAUCCCCUAGACCUGGAGGAGCUUAACAUACUGGCAGGUGGAGACAUGGUCGAGGACACUGUGAAAGGACACUGCUCUAACCUACUUAGGUGACCUGGGGAGUUGGAUGUAUCCAGGAACACUACUUUCAACUAAGAUGGCUGUCUUGGUAUAGUCUGAUGGCAGCAAUGUCAGUUGUAGAUAAAUUACAGCCAACUAUCUGUCUCGGGAUCUCUCACUGCUGGACAUAAUUUGUUUGGACAUUCAGAUGUUAUUUCAUUGACUGCCUCAGUUAGCUGACUGCACUUUUUUUUUAGUUGUAAUUUAAUGCUUGCCUGCAAUGGAAAAAUGCACCCCAAGAGCUGGCAUCCCCUGCACCUUAGUGUAAAUGUAGUUGAAUAAUGAGAUCAGAUAUGUAAAGCCUGCCUUUUCACUUGUAUAACAAAAUAUAUAUUUUUGUAUUGAUAUGGAUUUUUGUAAUAUAAUGAAUAGCCUGCCUUUUCACUCUAGUAGAGAUGAAAAGUAAAACAUAUCUAAACAAUAUAAACGAUAUUGUGUAUUUAAAAGAUGUGGCCAAGAAACCAGUUAUAUUUAGAGGUCCUUGUUGCUUUUUGUAAACAUCUUAUGACAUUUCUGUAAUGACAUUGUGUACCAGACAUUGUUUUACAAGAAAAAUAAAAUGAGAGCAGGAAAUAA